UCCUCUACCCAACACCCUCCCAUCCCUACACAAGCAAACCAACCAACCAACCAACUCGUCCACUGUCGACAUUUUAAACCGCUCGAUAAAUUCACGCGCGUAAAUUCAAGGAACUAUUCAAAAGAGAGAGAGAGAGAGAGAGAGAGAGAAAGUAAGAGUAAGGGAGAGAGAGAUAGGUAGAAUAGAUUUCUACUUUAUCGACUCUUUUUCGUAAGAACUCUCGGAUCUUUUUGCCUUCUCCGAUUUCGUGUUAGCCGCGUGCCCCUUACAAACUCACGUUAAACUUUCUCGGUGUGCAGUCGAUCGUGGAAAUAGAUUUCAAUUUUUUCUCUCUUUUUUUUUUACUUUUCUUUCUUUUUAUCUUUUUUCUUUUUUCUAAUUCUUAUUUUUUUCUUCUUUCAAUUUUUCUUCUUUUCGAAUCGUAUUCCAAAUAAUUACGACAUCGAAUGAGACGAAAUUAAUGUUAUUUACGUACUAAAUACGAUUGAAUUGUAUAUAUUAUUUAUAUUUUCUUUUCGAAUUUCUAACGAUUAUACAAUGUUUUAUAUCUCUUUAUAUAAAAAUUAUAUUUCAUUCUUAUGUCUGACUUGUCAAAUAAAUUUCUCUUUAUUACCACGUUAUCUUUGUUUAUAUGCGAAAGAAUAAAAAUAACUUCUAUGUCCUUCAAUAGCCGUGAUCGUCUAGUGGUUAGGACCCUACGUUGUGGCCGUAGUAACCCAGGUUCGAAUCCUGGUCACGGCAAUGUGUGAAAAACAUUGUCACGGUUGAAGGUUUUUUUUUUAUUCUUUUUUUUUUUUCUUUCAAUCACCUAGCAUUGUGUAAUAAAUAAUAUUGUACAAUAAAAUUUGUAUAAUUUUAAAUGUGUAUAUAAUACAAAAAAAAUAUAUAUAUAAAUGUGUAUGCUCUAAAAAAAAAGUGUCAUGAAUAUAUAAGAUAGUUAUGCAAAUAUUAAAGAUUUCAAGAAAGAAUAAGAAUAACAAAUUGGUUAAUACCUCGCCAAAGCAAAAUUAUUAUUUUCUUGCAAAAUGCAUGAAAAGUAUAUUCCUUGAACCAAUUCUUUGUAAAGUAUGACACAAGAGAUAAUGAAGUAUGACAAAAGAAAUUUUUAAAUAUAAACAAUCAGCAAUUUUUCAAUGUAACAAGAAGCUUUAAAUUAGGAGCAUGAUAGAAGAUAAUGUCAGUGCAGGAAUGAAUUUUGAAAGUAUAGUGAUAAGAAGAUCAAUUAUUAAGAAAAAAUAAAUUAUUAUUAUUAAUAUGAUUGAGCUGAUUCAAUUUUUAGUGGUCAUAUCUGUGUUACAAGUGAUUGUUAUAGGAGAUCUAUCAAACAUUGAUGAUGUCCAAACUUGUAUGGAAUUUUGCUCUAUUUCUGGUAACGUAGGAAAUUUCAAGGAUGGAUAUUGUGCUUGUGAAAAUUUGGAUAAUACAGAUGCAGAAAAUGUAAUUCGUGAAAACAGGCAAAUAGAUUAUGUUGAUCCUAUUUCAUAUUCUAAUGAUCUUACUAAUGAAGAACGAACAAUGCGCUGUGCAUUAAGAUCAAGGAAACACAUGAGACAUCAUGAUGCUGAUCGUAUAGUCACAUACUUUGUUAAUGAUGGACCAGCAAAUGGUCAUGCUUAUUUUGUUCAAGCAGCUAAUCAAAAUAUAAAUGCAGAAGGAGAAUGUAAAAGUGAUAAGUAUUCAUCAACAAAUUCAUAUCGUAAUUCAAAUGAACCUGACAAUCAAGUGCCUGCUGAGCAACCAUCGAUUACAGAAAAUUAUUCGAAACGAAGCUACAAUGAUGCUAUUAUUGGUGUUCCAUAUAAUCCAUACAAUCCUACGUAUUUCUUACCGCAUGAAAUGCCUAUUACACCUGUUGUAAUAAAUCCGUAUGUUAUGAGCGAUACAUAUGCUACUGUAACAGGGCCAAGAAAUAUAUUAAAUAAACCAACUGAUAUUGUGCAUGGAACUCUACGAGAUAAUUUAGUGGAUACAAAGUUGCUAUCAAAAAUUCGGUCACGUUCAAAUUUAUUAAAACGUAUAUCCAAUGUAUUGGAAGGAAUAGUUAAAGAACCUGAAAACGAAAGUAUAUUAGGUACUUUUUUCAAGCACCUUGUUACACCAAAUCCUACUGUAUAUUCUUUGGAUUAUGGUAAUAACAAAAAUGUUAUUAAUAAAAAUAAUGUUGUAAGUGAUAUUAAACAAGUCAAUUCUAUUGUCAGUUCUACUAAUGAAAAUGAAAAAGCUCCUACAGCAAAUUCUGAAAUUGCUACACAAGGAAACAUUCAAAUACCAUCUGAAACAAAAAUAUCUACGAACUCAAUGUCACCCAUUCAAGGAACAAAUAUAUCUCCUACAAAUUUUCAAAGUAUUCCAUAUAAACAAAAAUAUUUUAUGUCAAUGCACCCUUUACAGCAAUACAGCAAUGAUGGCCAUUUUAAUACCAGGCCUAUAACUUAUAUUCUUCAACCUGUAAAUAUAAUACCACAAGGAAUAGAUUCUACAUCACAAUCAGAAAUAAUUAACUCAUCACAAUCACGUGAAUCUUCAAAUUGUGAAAAUAAUAGUUAUUUGAGUAAUAAUGAAUACACCGAUGCUUUUGAAACAUCUACAGCUACUUCUAAUAUUCAAGAUAAUAAUAUGGAUUUUAAUGAUAGAACUACAAGAAAUUCUAUAGAAGGUACAAGUUAAAAUAGAAAUGAUCCUUUUAUCAUAGAAUAAAAUUCCAAUAAGAGGAAUUUUAUGAAAAGUAAGAAUAAAAUUAUAUAAGAAAUUUAAAAAAGAAAUCAUGUAAAUGAUAUAAAUGAU